AUGUUCUGCCUUAGGUUCACGAUGUCUGACAGAAAGGCCGUGAUCAAGAAUGCGGACAUGUCCGAGGACAUGCAGCAGGAUGCUGUAGACUGUGCUACACAGGCAAUGGAGAAGUACAACAUAGAAAAGGACAUUGCAGCAUAUAUAAAGAAGGAAUUUGACAAGAAAUACAACCCAACUUGGCACUGCAUUGUUGGCAGAAACUUUGGCAGCUAUGUAACACACGAGACAAAGCACUUCAUCUAUUUUUACUUGGGUCAGGUUGCAAUUCUUCUCUUCAAGUCUGGGUAGGAAGUAGGAGCAAGUGAAACUUGGACUGUAAUGCACUGAUGGCUGAAGCCACGACUCCCUUUACCAUGGCUGUGCCGCUGCAUGGACUGUAAUACUGUAUUUAAUGUGUAUAUGUUGCAGUAAAAAUCUACUUCUGUUUAGUUGCCUGAGGAGAAGGCAGCAAGUUUUUGUUCCUGCUUUUUUGGUUGUAUUGCACUAGGAAACCUGUAAAUGCUUAAACCAUGGCCUUUACGUGGGAAGAAAUAAAACUAUUCCACAACA